CUCUGUUUGUAAACAUUGUCGCAAGCAGUGUUGCCAGGUUGGGCCAGUUUUCACGCACUAUCUGGCAACCCUGGUCGCAAGUCGCGUUAUUCUAGUUUGUUCCACCGCAUGGAGACAGUGCGUUCAGACAAACAUGGCUUCUCACCGGGUCCUGGUCUAUGGAGGUAAAGGAGCUCUGGGCUCCCAGCUGGUGCAGCAUUUUAAAUCCAAAGGAUGGUGGGUGGGCAGCAUCGACAUGGCCCUUAACGAGGAGGCCAGUGACAACGUGCUGGUGAAGAGGUCUGAGUGCUUCAUGGAGCAGGCUGACCAGGUCACCGCCGACGUGGCCCAGUUGCUAGGGCAACAGAAGGUGGAUGCCAUUUUGUGCGUGGCGGGCGGCUGGGCAGGGGGAAAGUGCAGCUCCAAAGACCUGGUGAAGAACUCGGACCUGAUGUGGAAGCAGAGUGUCUGGACCUCCACCAUCUCCAGCCAGCUUGCCGCGCUGCACCUGAAGACCGGGGGCCUGCUGGCCCUGACGGGGGCCAAGGCCUGCCUGACCGGGACCCCAGGUAUGGUCGGUUAUGGGAUGGCGAAGGCUGCCGUCCAUCAGUUGUGUCGGAGCCUUGGGGAGAAGAACAGCGGCCUGCCAGCGGACGCCAUCGCCGUGGCAAUCCUACCGGUAACCUUGGAUACGCCGAUGAACAGGAAGUUCAUGCCGGAUGCAGACUUCGGUACCUGGACACCGUUGGAGUAUGUCUCUGAGAUGUUCUUCGGCUGGGCGAGCGGCGUCGAUCGCCCGGUGACUGGCAGCCUGGUACAGCUGAUCACCACUGGAGGGGCGACCGAGGCUGUGCCUGCACAGUAGAGAGAGAGACAGAUCUACGCGUCUUCAACCACCACCAGGACCUCUGCUGGCCCCACCUGUGUGUGUGUGUGUGUGUGUGUGUGUGUGUGUGUGUGUGUGUGUGUGUGUGUGUGUGUGUGUGUGUGUGUGUGUGUGUGUGUGUG